AUGAAUAUGGGUGUCAAAAGAGUUCGUUGGGUUGAACCACCAGCCACAAACAUAGAUGAAGCCGUCAUAAAAACUCCGAUUCAGAAGACUGACUCACCUGUAAAACCUAAAUUGAAAGUACCUAGAAAAAAGUCAUUUCCAUUUUCAUCGGAAGAAGACAACAAGAAUGUGGAAUAUCAAGAAGGUCUCAAUAAGACAGAGGAGAUUCCAGGUCUAUUACGUGAUUACUUUAUUUGCGUCAUGAAAAAUGUGUUUAGAAUAAUAAAAAUGUUAUUCAAUAAUCAAAUAGUGGUAGGGUUUACGAACUUUCUUAUAUCCGUUAUUGCAUUUAUAGCUAUUACAGCACUCAGGACUAUUGCAACUGUUGGUAAGUUCUUAAUAGAUUUUAAUUUUUCAUUGUUUUUUGAAAGCUGUGUGUUUCUACUAGAAGAGCAUGAAAUAUAUUUCACCACUGAUCUAAGCCUCAAACGUUCAAAUUGCAAGUUCAACAAAAAGCAUGGCACAACUACCACCGACAAAUAA